GCCAGCGACCCGCCCCGUCCCUCCCAAGCCCCGGGAAUGGAGGGGAGAGGGGAAAGGGGAGGGGGAGUCCAGGGAGGCCGGAUUUAUAAAGGCGGCGGGGCCAGAGCGGAGCUCAGACCCCGCCGUCCGGAACCGCAGCGCGCCCUGGCCCCGGCUCCCCUGCACCGCUCGCCGCCAGCAAUGGCCCUCUUCGCCACCCUCUUCCUAGCGCUGCUGGCGGGCGCGCACGCCGAGAUCCCCGGCUGCAAGAUUCGUAUCACCUCCAAAGCCUUGGAGCUGGUGAAGCAGGAGGGGCUGCGCUUUCUGGAGCAAGAGCUGGCGAACAUCACCAUUCCGGACCUGGUGGGCCGCGAGGGCAACUUCCACUACAACAUCUCCGAGGUAAAGGUUAUAGAUUUGCAGCUGACAUCCUCCGAACUCCAUUUCCAGCCUGAGCAGGAGCUGCUGCUACAGAUCACCAAUGCGUCCUUGGGGCUGCGCUUCCGGAGACAGCUUCUCUACUGGCUCUUCUACGAUGGGGGCUAUAUCAACGCCUCUGCUGAGGGCCUGUCCAUUCACACUGGUCUGCAGCUCACCAGGGACUCCACUGGCCGGCUCAAAGUGUCCAAUGUCUCGUGCCAGGCCUCCGUCUCCAGGAUGUAUGCAGCCUUUGGGGGGACCUUCAAGAAAGUGUAUGAGUUCCUCUCCUCAUUCAUCACCUCUGGAAUGCGUUUCCUCCUCAAUCAACAGAUCUGCCCAGUGCUCUACCAUACAGGCACAGUGCUGCUCAACUCCCUUUUGGACACAGUGCCUGUGCGCAGUGCAGUGGACCACCACGUUGGCAUCGACUAUUCCCUUCUGAAGGACCCUGUGGUCUCCGCUGGCAAUCUGGACAUGGAGUUCCGGGGUGCCUUCUUCCCCUUGGCUGAAAAGAACUGGAGCCUGCCCAAUCAGGCUGUUGAGCCCCUGCUGCAGCAGGAGGAGCGGAUGGUGCAUGUGGCCUUCUCUGAGUACUUCUUUGACUCGGCAUUGGAGAGCUACUUCCAGGCAGGGACCCUAAAACUGUCACUGGUGGGAGACAAGGUACCCCACGAUCUGGACAUGCUACUGAGGGCCUCCUACUUUGGGAGCAUCGUCCUAUCGACCCCUGCAGUGCUCGACUCCCCAUUGAAGUUGGAGCUCCAGGCCAUCGCACCUCCCCGCUGCACCAUCAAGCCCUCAGGCACCACAGUUGCUGUCACUGCCAGCGUCACCAUCUCCUUGGUCCCGCCCAACCAGCCCGAAGUCCAGCUGUCCAGCAUGAUCAUGGACGGGCGUCUCAAUGCCAAGAUGGCCCUGCGUGGGAAAGCCCUGCGAACACAGCUGGACCUGCGAAGGUUUCGAAUCUACUCGAACCAGUCUGCACUAGAGUCAUUGGCACUGAUCCCACUGCAGGCGCCACUGAAGACCAUGCUGCAGAUUGGGGUGAUGCCCAUGCUUAAUGAGCGGACCUGGCGUGGAGUGCAGAUCCCACUGCCCGAGGGCAUCAACUCUGUGCACGAAGUGGUGACCAACCAUGCAGGAUACCUCACCAUUGGUGCUGACCUCCAAUUUGUCAAAGGGCUCCGAGAAGUGAUUGAGAAGAACCGACCUGCUGAGCCCAGGGACCCCAGGACAACUAGUGCUCCCCGACUGUCUGUGACUGCGGCCUGAGCCCUCCCUGCUCCUCAGGCAGCCACAUUACAUUCAGGACUCCAGUUCCUCUCAUCUCAUCCCCUCUUGCCCAUUCACCUCACCAGAUCCCAGUGCCCAAGGAGAGACAAGGUUUAACCUGUACCCAAUUUAAUUCCAUAAUCACAAUUCAUCCAUUCAUCCAUCCAAAUUUAAUAUCUCCCUCCCAGGGCUGUCCUGAGCUCUUAUUUUCCUGGGAUUAAUCAGUAUGUUCUAAAAGCCAGGGGGUCGGGCAGGGGAAGGGGCCUUAGCCCCUUUGUCCCACCAAACCCUGAAAUCAGGAAUAAAGUGCCAGUUCCCCCUGAAGCUGUCUCUGGAAGCGGG